UGACCAAAAGGUGGCAGCUGUUCCUGGUUGUAAUGGGCUUACGUAUUUAAUAGCUUCAAGUUCUGUUUACUAUUUUCUUUUAAAUUUUAAUAUCCGUCCUCGAAAAAAUGUCGCGCCAUUUUGAUGAAGAGCUUCGUGGAGGGUAAACAGGAUAGAGAAUGCGCUUUUUUUUUUGGCUCAACAUCAAUGUUACGAUUAUCAACAGCCACCUUACAACAAAUUUUGAAUAUUUUACGUCCCGCGUCGCUCAAUUAUCUCAGUCAACACAGCGGGCAGUGUUUUAAUUCAUUUCUUAGUCCGAAACAUAUAUAUUGAAGGAGUGUUUGGCUGAGAUAUGAAGCUUUUCAGACUUUACCUAUUAGAACUAAGUGGCUGAAGGGUUUUUUUUCAAAGGUGAACGCCGCUCCUCUACCAUUUUCUGAAUUGAAGCGGCAUAAAAAUACAUCGCCGUAAUUACAGACGAAGGUAAUUGUUUUUAAAAUGGGUUUAAAACCACUUUUCUGCUAAUAGGUUUUUUGUUUGUGGAGUUUUGCCGUCAGUUUUCUAGAUAGAAAACUAAAUUGAAAAAAAUUGAUAAGCGAAUGAAAAUUAAAGGUCCAUGGAAUGAACGGUUUGGCUUAUGAAAAGGACACUCGCUGUGAGAUUCUCCAAAAGGUUAGUUGAUGCUUUAGAGCUCGUUUCACGUUCAACAAGAUGAUUUUCACCUCCUUCUUAAAUUUCAGUCACUUUAGCUUCGGCAACCAGCAGAAGGACUUUCUCUGAUGAUGUCGUCGUGCGCGCUAAACAACGGGACAGAUGGCACCUCUUACUCGUUCGUUCCUGAACCAGAGGGCUUACGAAUUAUUCGUACCGUAAUUUUCAGCUUGUUAAUGGCGCUUUCACUGGUUGGAAACUUUGUCGUGUGUCGCGCAGUGUGGAGACAGCGCGGAGCUAAACCGUUCGCUCAUUACCUUGUCAGCAAUUUGGCUUUUGCCGAAAUUCUCGGCUCAGUUUGCGUGGUGUUUCGAGUCCAUGCCGAUGAACCGCCGUGGUCUUGGAAACUUGGUCCUGUUAUGUGCAAGAUCGUGGAUCCUUUGCAAAUAGCAAGUCUUCUAGUCGUCACAACAACCUUGGCGAUUCUUGCUGUCUAUCGUUGUCUCGUCCUCGUCAGGCCGCUCAUUACCAAACCGACCAGCCGACAAGCUCGUUGUCUGAUUAUUAUCACCUGGGUGGGAUCCAUUACGCUAUCGAUUCCUUCAUCGGUUUUUCGUGUUGUGAAAGUGUACAGGAUAAAAUGUGUGGACUAUCACAUCUGCGAAGAAAUAUUUCCAGCAAGUUAUUUCCAUUACCAAAAUACUUAUUCCAUUUUCAUCUUUGUUAUCAACUUUGUAGUGCCACUUUUGAUAAUGGCGGUGUCAUACACUUUAGUCAGCAAGAAGAUAAGGGAACAUAUCUUUGUUAUUACCAGGCUCCGAAACGCGCAAAGUAAAGCUAUGUCGGCAGCUUGUCCGUCCACUUGCUUAGGAGAUAUGGAUGCAGCUGGAACUAACGCUAGAACUAGGGCAGAAGAAGACCAGGAAAAUAUCGAGGUAGCUGACAUGGCAACAAACAGCAGGAUAAACACGGACUCUCCGUACAGAAACAUGGGAAAGAAUAACAAGGAAACUGAGAACCCCCUGAUGCCAAACAGCAACGAAUCCUCGAGAAAAAACAAAGCCAGCUUUGACCUGGAGAGCGACUUACUAAAGAUGGUUUUUGCGAUCGUGCUGAUAUUUGUAGUUUGCUAUAUUCCUUAUCAAAUUCAGUUCCUAUUGUUUGAGUUUAACGUGGAGUCGUUCAAACAAUGGACCCAUCGCUACGCUUUUUCCAGGUUUGCUUUUACUUUAACAAACUUACCAAAUGCCCUGCAUCCUGUUUUCUACGGAAUGAUGAGUAAUUUCUACCGCAAAGCGUUCAUUAGAAUGAUUUCGUGCCGAACGGCAGAAUAAUCAUUUUAAGUCGCUCAAAAUCUAUUCGUUUUGACCCAAAAUUGAUGCGUCCAACCAACUCUUUCGAAAUGAAUUGUAUGCGUAAAAUAAAAUAGAAAACUAAACGACAAAGAAAGAAACAAAAUAAUAAUGAUUUUUACUGAAUUGCAAUUCAAAGGGGAUCAAAGAGGGUGAUCAUUAAGAUAAAAUGAAUCAAAUUAGUCUAAGAUUGAAUGGUGCAGUCUUUAAGGAUUUCCAACCAAGCGACGAUCACUAUCGAUUUAAAUGAAGAUGAAAACGGUCGAUUAUUGGAGAGGUUAGCACGACGUUGGUGGCAAAUGACGUCAAUGAAAAGUUGCCAUCUGUCUUCAGCCGUUUCAAUUAUACUUUGAAACAUUUGUAUUAACCAUCAUCAAAAGAUCUUUUGCCUCAGUUUUCCAGUCUACAUUUGAUAGAAGGUUUGUGAGAAGAGAGUUGGUUUUCACCGUUUGCCGAAUCGUUACAUUCGGUGACGAUUCAUUUUCAAGAUCUUUAAAUAGCUACAGUUGUGAAGAAUUCAAUUAAAUUUGCAAUUUUAGAUAAGAUGUUGCAAGAUAACUGGUUUUAUCAACUGAGUUGAUGAUGUAAAUUAGGCUCAGACAAAAAAACAAAGCAGUCAAAAUAGCCAAUCAGAAUAUAGGUAAAUAUCGCGAGUAGCCAAUGAGAACUCAAAGUGAAAACACGCAAACUGCCUGAAGGCGGGAAAAGGCGAGUGACCAAUCAAAAUUGGUUUUAGUUUUUCAGCUGAUUGGCCGAGUUUUCCCCAACCAAUCACGGAGCGAUAACUCGAUAAGCUGGAAACCACCCCGCUUCGCGUCGUGGUUUCCUACGCUUAUCUCGUGUUCUCCCAACCUCCCGCGUGUUUACAUCAGGCUAUGUAAACACGGAAACCAUUUUACAUUUCUUCGAUUUUAACGAACAUGUGCAGCAAUAUAAUCUGUAUAUCUAAGCUUAGUUAAACCAAUGCUAUCUUUGGACGUUAGUUUACUGUGUAUAGUAAACACGUUAUGCAGUUAUGCACUCUAGCAAAGAAGAUUAAAAAAAUAUUUGGGUCACAAUAGCUACUUUAAAUUAUACUGUUUAGCUUCAAAUUAAUGCUUUUGUGAGCUAGGCUACCAUUGUUUGUUUGUUAAUGCAGCAACAGUAUUAUAAUCAUUAACAUGGGUGGAAAGCGGUUUGUUCCUAUUACUACUUGUAUAUAUAGCUUCAGUUCAAAUUAAUCUUGUUACACGAUAGAGCGCAUUUCGAUUGGGUGUUGUAAAACCCAAACUAAAGUUGUCUGAAAAGUCAACGAGAACUCAGAGUAAAAAUAAUUAAAUUGCAUAAAGCGCAGGAAAACGUUUUCUGAAGAGCCAAUGAGAACUCAUAGUAAAGACAACUAAAUUGCAUAAAGCGCGGGAAAACGCGGGUGACCAAGUCACGAUUGUUUUUAGUUUUUGACCAAUCACAGGAUAAAGUGAAGCAAAACCAAAACAAUCCUUGCUUACUUUCGACAUUUAAUUGAAAACCGCUCUAUUUGUGAAGGCUAAGAAAUGCAUAAAUGAGAUUUUAGCUUUUAAGAGUAUGAUAUCUGCAUUGGUCUGCUUAGCUUUGUUCUUACAAGUCAUUUAAGGUGUAGGUAGAGGUAUUGACAAAAUUGUUGAUCACAACUGUAUUCCAACGAAGUGGGUGUAGAAAACAAUUAAAAAAAGCGUUCUUAAAAA